AUGGCUGAACGUGGUGAUCAAACUGUUAUUCGUCGAACAAUAAUCGAACGUGGCGUUCGAAGCAGUGAAUAUCCAGGUGGUGGUCGUGCUGGUCUAGAAGCAGUACGUAAUUUGGCUAUUCAACAUGAAGACGAAAAACGUGAAAUGCAAGAACUUAAUACAAAGUUUGGUGCCUAUCUCGAUCGGGUCAAAUUUCUUGAAACACAAAAUCGUAAAUUACAAGCUCAACUUGACGACCUUAAACAAAAAUGGGGUUUUGAAUCUGGUAAAGUUAAAGAUCAAUAUGAUCAAGCAUUGGUAUCAUUAAGAAAACAAAUUGAUGAUGUUACACGUGAUAAAGCUUUAGCUGAAUUACGUGCUAAACGUGCCGAAUACGAUGCAUCAUUAAUAAAACAUCAAACUGAUUUUGCUAAUGAAUUAGUUAAUCUUGAUCGUAAUCGUUUUGCUAUGCUUAAACAACAACUUGAAGGUAGUGGUUCAGAAUUAGAUGCAUUACGUGGUCGUUUUGAUGAUAAAAAACAAGAAAUUGAACGAAGUAAAAAUGAAGUUAAACGUCUCUUGGAACAAUUAGAAAAUUUGAAAAAUGAAUUUGAUAAUGAAUCAAUGGGUCGUGUUAUGAUACAAAAUGAAUUACAAACAUUAGAAGAACAAUUAGCUUUUAUGAAAGCUGUUCAUGAAGAAGAACGUAAUGAAUUGGCUUCACUUGGUACAUUACCUAUUGAUGUUAGUCAAUUUUAUCGAACAGAAUUAACACGUGCUAUUGGAGAUAUUAAGAAUGAUUUUGAAGCACUUUCACAAGCACAACGACGGGAAUUAGAAGAAUAUUACAGAAUCAAAACUGAAGAAAUUCGUGAACAAGCAGCUGAACAAAAACGUAAAAUUGAAGAAGCACGUCGUUCAGGUGCCGUUGAAGUUAUGGAUUUAUCAUCAUUGAAAACAAUGUUAACUGAAAAUCGUGAUAAUUACAAUAAAUUACAAAAGGAACAUUCGGAUUUAUCAAAUCAUCUUCGACAAUUAGAAGAAGAUUUUGAACGAAUUGCUUCUGAACAUAGUCGAGCCCAAAAUGAACGUGAUCGAGAAUUAGCUGAUUUACGUGCUCAAGCCGAACAACGUGAACAAGCUAUUAGUGCUGUACUUGAAAAUAAUGUUUCACUUAAAUUUGAAAUCAAUACAUACAGACGUUUACUUGAAGUUGAAGAAGGACAUCUUCAAAGAGUUGAAGGUGAAGGUUUAACUAGUGGUGGAAGAAGUUCAUCUUCAUAUCAUUAUCAAUCUGGAUCAUCAGUUGGUGGAAGUACCACUGGUCGUUAUGAUACUCAAGCAUCGGAUAUAUCAACCAAAAAGAUGACCGUUCAAAAAUCGGCUCGAGAAUAUUAUUUUUAA